CAUGGCCUGGCGGGGGGGCAGCUGUCGGCGACUGGCAGGCAAAUGUCUCCACACCACGGCGGGCUUUCUGAAGAAAACUGGAACUGAGCACCAGUGGCUGCAGCGGCACUUGAAGGAUCCCUUCGUCAAGGCAACCAAGGUGCAGCAUUACCGUUGCCGAAGUGCCUUCAAACUACUGGAGAUCGAUGACAAGCUUCAUAUUCUUCGCCCAGGGCUUGCUGUUCUGGACUGUGGAGCAGCACCUGGUGCUUGGAGCCAGGUUGCUGUAGAGAGAGUCAACGCCUUAGGUACCGAUCCUGCUCUCCCCACUGGCUUCGUCCUCGGCGUUGACCUCCUGCGGAUUCCUCCCCUGGAAGGAGCAGUGUUCCUCUCGCAGGCUGACGUUGCAGACCCCGCCACGCUGAGGAUGAUCCAGAGCCUGCUUUCCAACGAGAAGGUGGACGUUAUCCUGAGCGACAUGGCUCCUAACGCGACGGGCAUCAAAGAACUGGAUCAUCAGAAGCUGAUCAGUCUGUGUUUAGCCCUUCUGGAUCUGUCCAAAAGCAUUUUAAAGCCCAAAGGGACAAUGCUCUGUAAAUUUUGGGAUGGACAUGACUCCCGCCUCCUGCAAAACAGGAUGAAGGAGCAGUUCCAGGACGUGAGGACGAUCAAGCCUCAGGCCAGCCGGAAGGAUUCGGCCGAAUCUUAUUAUUUGGCGAGGCUGUACAAAGGGAAGUGAGCGCUGGGGAGCGCGGGUUAUCCAGCAGGAGAUGGGACGUGGAUGGGAAAGCUGAAUUUGGCAUCUAUUUAAGGAAAAAUCCCAGCGUUAAGACUCCUGACUGGAACCGUGACACUGUUGAGAACAACCUGGGAAAAUCUGCCACAAUUUUUACCGAGAACAUCAUGCUUUUCAAGUACAAAAAUAAACCAGGGCGGUGUCCCACCGAGUUUAUCCACUAAUUACACAAGCGGAGGCGUCCAAUCUGACUCCUCACCCGGGGAGAAGCUGGUGGGGACUGGAGAGGAGUGAUCUGAAAGGCAACCUCUGGGGCUGGAGCAAUGGAAAUGAAAAUGAAAGAGUGGUUAUAUGAGUUUUUUUU